AUGGGAAUAUUGAGAUUUUCCGUUUGCAUGCUUGGUCGUCGGGAGGGCAGCGCUGGGAUCUUGAGAGUUCCUGGAAGGGAAGUGGCCCCGUAUCGGGUGGGCUCUCCGGUCGAGAAGGGGCCAGGUGUGUUUUUUUUUGCUGGGGGAAAGAGGAUUUGCGGGCCACAACGUCUGGGUGGUGCUGAACAAACGAACGCAAGAACGAACGAACGAACGCGCACGCACGAAAAGAGCGAACAGACCGGACUCGCGGCGACCGUACGUAUGCGCAUGGAACGUCCCAGCGCGAGCUGCAGGCGGCGCACGCCACCAGGGCUGUCAAAUCAAAUUUUGGAAUUCCAUAUCACUUUGUCCCCGCGUGACACGGACGACACAAAAUGGCGCGAGAAGGACAGUACCAGAAAACAAACUGCAGCCGUAAUGGUUGUUGUUCUACACACACAGGAGCUUGCGGGCGAUGAGCAUGGCACGCUAUGA